AUGCCGGUCCCCGAGAUCAGCCCUACCGAAUUGCUAGUUCGCUUGUCGGUAUCAGGAGUGUGUGGCUCGGAUUUUCAUCUUGCAGAGGGCCACUCGGGUCCAACUUGCGACAUUCUAGGACAUGAGGGCGUUGGACGAGUUGUAAAGCUUGGAUCUGCAGUGAAUCCUUCCUUUGUCAAUGUUGGGACACGGGUCGGCCUAGGGUGGGUGCGGGACGUGUGCGAAGAAUGCUUCUGCUGCUUAUCCCCAGGCGGCGAGGGACGUUGUUUGGCGAAGUUGUGCUCUGGCUUGAGAAGAGACGGUACUUUUGCAGAGUACGCCGUUGUCCCGUCCCGGUACGUAAUUCGGAUCCCGGAGGACGUCCCUGACGAUCUCGUUGCACCGAUUCUAUGUGGCGGGGUGACGGCGUACAAAGCCAUCAAGGUCAGUGAGGCAGUCCCAGGCCGAUGGAUGGUCAUUUCAGGUGCUGGAGGUGGAGUUGGGGCUUUGGGAAUUCAAUAUGCAAAGUCCAUGGGAUACCGGGUUAUCGCGAUUGACGUCGGAGAUGCCAAAAAGGAGUACUGUCUGAAGCUGGGCGCUGAAGUGUACUAUGAUGCCAAAGAACUCGACACGGCAACGGUCAUGGCUCUCACAGGAGACGGUGCUGCGGCAGUUUUGGUCAUGGCGAACUCGGGGAGAGCGUACCAGGCGGCACUGGAACUGGUGGCUCCCUACGGGACACUGGUCUGCGUGGGAAUACCGCCGGCGGAUCAACUGGUAACCUUUCAUCCUAUUCUGGGUAUUUCCAAAGGCGUGAAGAUCAUCGGCUCUGCUGUGGGAACCAGAAAGGACAUCUGGGAGGCAAUCGAAUUCGUGCAACGAGGCGCCGUGAAGCCAGCAGUGGAAAUGGCCACCUUGGACGAUCUGUCCGAUAUUGCGAAGAACUUUGGAAAGGUGAGCAGCCUCCUCAUUCUUCCUCUCCCCCUCUUUCGCUGGGACAUAGCUUUGACGAAUACAUCUCUGAUUGAUCGGGAACAGACUUCGGGCAAGUAUGUCAUCCGGCUGAGCGAUGAAAUCAACAGUUCUGACUCCGGGAAUGCUGAUGCCCUGAAAAACGGUCACUAA